AUGCCAGCCUGGUGGACCGUGAUGGGGCCAAGUCAGAACCUGAUCGGCGCGCAGGAUCGGCAGAAGACGUACGCCCGUAGCUUCGGUCUGUGCAUCGCGCUCCUCCCACACGAAGGCGGUCUCGGGCUGAAUCGCCUCGCGCUCGCCGGGGUUGAGCCGCUGGACGACGAUGGGGAGCUGGCCGAGGAGGACGGCGUAGAAGAGGACGUGGGCACCCACUAUGUCACGGAUGCGGACGCCGGUGCAGAGGAGGUGGAACGAGGUGGCGGAACGAGGUGGUGGAGAGGAGAAGGAACAGGCCCGGAUGGGAAAAGGAUGCCAUACGCACGACACCACCCUAAUCUCGCGACUGUCGAAUACGCGCGGCCAAUGGGCGCAUCUUCUUUGUACGGGCGAAUCUUCUCGGAUCCCCCAGGGAGUCAGCUGGAUUGGGAUGGCCUGCGCCAUCGCUUGAGCCUGGUCGUCGGACACGCUUGGCAAGGCAGAAAGACCAAGAUCGGUAUCUCACCAGCGAUCGGCGCAUCCACGUGGCCUGUGCGACGGCCGUCGAGUGUCCUCUGCCUGCCCAAUUGUUCGUGCCGUCUCAGUCUCCCGGAACUUGACUUGACCGGCCUCUGUGUCGGGACUUGUCCUGACCACCAUCCCAUGCCGUUUCGCCCGCUUGGCAUGCGUCGAUGGGCAGCGCACAACGAGGCCCGUAAGGUCCGAGUGGUCAUGAGCGCGCCACUUGGUCUGACUGUUCUCCGGGAAGGGGAUUCUGCCGUGGACGUGAUGCGCCGGCGUUUCCACAUGGGCAAAGAGGAACGGUGCCGGCGGACAGUGGGUGAGGAGGGAGCGAGCAGCGGAUCAGAAGGAGCGAUUGCAGAGGGAAGCCCUUACUCGGGAAUCCUUUUCGGGACUUUGAUCCUUGCGACGGACGACCCUGUGCAUGGCUUGAGCAUGGCCAGCCUGCAUAAGAAGGGAGGAGCCCUCGCUUGCGGACUCAGCGCCCGCACGGGUCCUCUGAUUCGUCCAGCUCAAAUUCACCAUUCGUGUCCGGUGCACAGCUACACGCCAACCGAGAGCUUCUUUGAAUGUACUGCCUCUCAGGGUGCUCGCAAACAAGGCGGCCCGGCAACCCAGACCGAUUCGGUGGUGUCGUUGCUUUUGGUUAAAUCUACAAACCAGCUGCGAUGCUCGCUCGCCCGCACCAGAGCUGGGGGCGGCGCAAGGCAGGGAUGCAGACCCUUUCGAAGCAUCCGAGCUGGGCCAUUCCCGCCGUGGCUUGGAAGGCGACUCCUUGCGGGGCUACAUGGACCAUUCUCUGAGCGCGUGCACCCCCUUGUUGCCGAAAGGUGCCUUGCAGAGUGCAGGAUACUCGGAUAUGGUUUUGCCUCCGUGACACCCAUGAAGUAA